UCGACAUUCGACAGGUCGACAGCGGUCGACAGUUCUCAACAAUUUAUUGUGAAGCUUCAGUUUUUGUAGUGUUUUACAAAUUUAAGAAGUUUUGAAUGAGAAAUAUAUAAUCGAAGUACCUAAUAAUGGGUGCCAUAUGUAAAUUAAGAAUGUUAAAAUAAUCGAAAAUCACAAAUGGCUGCGGAGACUCUGUUAAAAACGAGCAAGCAUUCGAAGUAUGUAACAUCCUAUAGGAAAAUAUUGUAUUAUAGAUUCUUUGUGGGGCUGCUACUGUUUAUUGUGGUGUCUCUAGUGUUGAGUGUUGUGUGUAAUAUAUUCGUGGGAAGUGCUCCUCGUGUGGAUUUCCAGGAAGCUGUGAAUUUGGAUGCAGUGAGAUUACCUGUCGUUUCUCUUCCAAGAAGUCCCAUUCCAUCGGUGCCUCGGGUAGCUAACUGCACUUAUUGGAACUGUUUUAACGUAUACAAAUGUGGGAGAGGCGGCCACGAUAAGAUAACAAUAUACAUCUAUCCUCUGAAGGAUUAUAGAACAGAAGAUGAUGAAAGCAUAUCCAGGUUUUCUAGGGAGUUUUAUGAAAUUUUACAUACGAUUAAGAGUAGUAAAUAUUAUACUUCUAGUCCGGACGAAGCGUGCCUGUUGGUGCCAAGCAUUGAUACUUUGAAUCAGAAUUAUUUUCACAGUGAAUAUGUUUCACAAGCUCUCCAAUCACUUGAGCAUUGGAACAAUGGUGAAAACCACCUCAUAUUCAACAUGGUGGCAGGCGUUGCACCAAACUACAACACAGUGGUUGAUCUCAACACCAGCAAAGCGAUUAUAGCAGGCGCUGGCUUCGACACAUGGACAUUUAGAUAUGGCUUUGACAUAUCUCUACCUUUGUACAGCCACUUAGCACAACAUAUAGACAACAAACAGCCCGAUCAGAAAAACUAUAUGAUUAUAUCCGCACAAUUAAACAUACCGGAUGAUUACUUAGCUGAAUUACAAAGUAUAGCAUCAUCGUCUAACGAUUUGCUAUUACUCGAUAGAUGUAAGAUGUCUAGUGAAAUAGAUUAUAAGCAACGUUGUGAAUAUACAACGGGACGGAUAUUUAGUUAUCCGGAUGUAUUGAAAGAAGGCAUGUUUUGCCUAAUAGUCCGUAGUGCGAGAUUGGCUCAGAGUAUAUUGAUGGAUAUUAUAGCGUCGCAGUGUAUACCUAUCAUUAUUGCGGAUACGAUAGUGAUGCCGUUCAAUUCGCAUGUGGAUUGGAAUAAGAUUGCUUUAUUUGUACCUGAAGAGAAUAUUAAGAGUCUGGUGAAAAUAGUUCAUUCUGUUAGUAAGGAGCGUCGUGGCGAACUGUACUGGCAAUUGCGGUGGGCGUACGAGAGAUACUUCGCCAGCAUAGAGAAGAUCACGCUGACAACGCUGGAGAUUAUAAACGAGAAGGUGUUUCCAUUGGCCGCCAGGAUGUAUGAGGAGUGGAAUAUGCCUGAACAUUUGUACGGUCCAGUGAACCCGCUGUUCCUGCCGGUGACGGCGGCCAAGGCGCCGGGCUUCACGGCGGUCAUCCUGACGUAUGACCGCGUGGACAGCCUGUUCACGCUGGUGAGGCAGCUGGUGCGCACGCCGAGCCUCGCCAAGAUACUCGUCGUGUGGAACAACCAGAGGAAACAGCCGCCGCCAUCGUCGGAGUGGCCGGUGGUCAACAAGCCGCUGAAAGUGAUCCGCACCAAACAGAACAAGCUGUCCAACAGAUUCUUUCCGUACGACGAGAUCGAGACUGAGUGCCAGCUGACGAUUGAUGAUGAUAUCGUCAUGCUGACGCCUGAUGAGCUGGAGUUUGGUUUCGACGUGUGGCGGGAGUUUCCGGACCGGAUAGUGGGGUUCCCGUCGCGUUUGCACGUAUGGGACAACGUCACACACUCGUGGAAAUAUCACAGCGAGUGGACCAAUCAGAUAUCUAUGGUGUUAACAGGCGCGGCAUUCCACCACAAGAUCUGGUCAUGGUACUAUACGCACAAAAUGCCGGAGGAAAUUCGCACGUGGGUUGACGAUAACUUCAACUGUGAAGACAUCGCUAUGAACUUCCUCGUCGCCAAUGUUACUAGAAAACCUCCUAUCAAGGUGACCCCUCGCAAAAAGUUCAAAUGUCCAGAGUGCACGAACACAGAAAUGCUCUCCGCAGACGCGCGCCACAUGUCUCAAAGGUCCGCGUGUAUCGAACGAUUCGCGAAGAUCUACGGACACAUGGCCUUGAAGUCCGUGGAAUUCCGCGCGGAUCCGCUGCAGUACCGAGAGACCGCGGCCGGAAUUCCGCACAAGUACCCCGAUAUCGGCGCGUUGUAAAGCAACGUAGUUUGGGCCCUCUGGCUUAGAUUUAUCGCAGUAGACAGAAUUUUUAGGCAUUUUUUUUUAGUUAAGUACAUAAUUUUUUGUAGAGCAAUUGGCUUCUUUUUUGAGACAAUCCGCAAAUCUUAGAAUCGGGGCUUUGCAUUGGGUUUAAUUUUGAAUGGGACAUCGCAAAUUCCAGAUUGUACAAAAGUACUUCCCAAAAACAACUCUACAAAGUACCUACUCAUAUCUGAAAACUAUUUUUUUUUGAACUAUAAGACUGUAUUGGUAUUUGGUAUUGAAUCAUUGACGAAACUUCAUUCAGUUUUUAUUUAAAAAAAACUGAACGGAGUUUUGGUUUAAUUCUGCCUUAUUCCAUAAUUACAUACAUAUUUGGUAAAAAAAUGAGUAACUUUAGUUUCAGUCUCUGCCAAAAUAAAACAAUUUUAUUACAAGCGCUGGAAUUUCUAAUUUCUUAGAUUCUCAGAAAUGUCGAAUAUAAGGAGGGCCCAUACAUAUCGUUUAAAUUUAUUUUAGUUUGGAGUUCGGACAAUAAAUAAGUAAUCGCAAGUAAAAAUUCGUAAGGCUGUACGCGAAGUAAAAUGGGAAUCGUCCCCCAAAACCAGGGUAUGUAGGAUAACUGCCAAUUAAUUAGAGUUAAUUUCA